AUGUCUACCUAUUACUCUGACACACGGCCCGGCAAGAAGUUGUUGUUCAGUGCCCUGCUUAGUGGUAUUGGCGGAGCUUUUCAUUUCGGCUACCAAGUCACUCUCACCAAUCCAGCUCAAUAUGCGUUCACCACUUUUGUGAAUCAGUCCUACCACGACCAUUUCGGAGUGGUAUUGGAUAAGGCUGGGUUAGAUGCAAUAUGGGGCUUCUUGGUUGCUGUUUUGUUUGCCGGAGGUAUUGUCGGAUCUUUGACGUUGAGGUUCUUUGCUGAUUGGAUUGGACGGAAGAAAGCGCUGCUGUUGUCGUUCUUUGGUAUUUUGGCGUCAUCACUCUUGUCAAUAGGAUCGUACUUUGUAAGUUUAUGCUGCAAAGUGGAUAUGUAAACCAAGACCUCAUAAUACAAAAAAUUUAAAUUCCUUUUUCUAUCAAUUCUUACCUUCAUUGUUCAGAUAAACAGCUUUGAACUAUACGGUGUAUCCAGGUUUACUAUGGGUGUAUCAGUGUCUAUGGCAUUGGGAAUGUCUGGACUUUUCUUGACAGAGUGCAGGUAGGUUGACCUAAAAAUUAAAACUUUACAUCUAAAUAAAACUCCUCAAAAACCAACAUUUUCUUAAAGCACUACUGUUACCUAUUCAUUAAAAAAUGUAAAACUUCAAAGCUGACCUGAUUUUAAGCCCAAAAGGAUGUCGAGGAAUGGUCUGCAUGACAACUGGGAUCUUUGUCCAAUUGGGACUCUUCUUGGGCUCUAUUAUUGGAAUGCCAGACAUUUUCGGAGAUGUCGAGACCUGGUGGAUAAUUUAUCUGGCUGAAGUGUUGGUUGUGUCCGUGGUUAUGUUGUUGUUCAGCUUUUAUCCUGAAAGUCCUUGGUAUGUCAAUAAAAUAACUUUUUUUAACAACUUUUAAUGUAGAGAGUCAUCUCCUUUAUAAGUUUAAACAUAAAAUAAGGUAUAAAUAUUAAAGGUGUAACUUAAAUUAACUUAUUAAAGUUUUUCUUUCAAAAACCUCUAAAAGAGUAUAUAUAUAAAUUUUAAUUUUAAAAGUUACAGUUAUUUGCUAUUCAAAGGCUACGAAGAAUCUGCGCGAGAUUCGGUCAAGUUGUACUACAACUGUCCAGAUUACCUUGUAGAUAAGCAUGUCAAGGAACUGAAGGAUAACAUUCAGAACAACACUAGAAGCAUGAAUAUUAUCCAAGUUCUAAGAGAUCCUCAAACUCGACGAGCCACGAUUGUUGGAGCAACUACAGCCUUCGCUAUGGGGUUCAGUGGAGUUGCUGGUAUGUUUUGCUCCAAAAUAAAUGUCAAAAUUUUUAUUUCUAAACUUAAAGAUAUCGGGCGCAGCGAAAAGAUCUUUCGCAGGCCGCAAAGCUUUUAUUUGAUCUUGGCUGACAAGAUUUUGUUUUUUAGAGAUUAAAAUUCCUAAACACCAAUUUGUAUUGUUAUAAUAAGGUUAAAAAAAACUGUAGUAUAAGAUAUUUUCGAAUCAUCUAAUAUAAUAAUUAAUAUUUGCACCAGUUAUCAACGCGUUUGCGGUCGAAAUUCUGCGAAAUACAGGUCUGUCGAUCUUCCAAGCGUCAAUUGCCAAUGCCUUUCUAUCCUUAUCUACUCUGGUAAGUUUUAGUUGAUUAUUUAUAAAAAAAAUACACAAAAAAGGCAAUAAAUCAAUGUUGUUUUAGAUAGGAGCUCUGUUUUCCGCCUCAAUAAUCGAUAAACAUGGUAGACGACCUUUGUUACUACGAACUGUGAUGGCCAUAGUCGCCAUAAACAUAGCUAUAUUUGCUUUAAUGAGAGCCUACAACGUGUAUCAUGCACAAUGGCUUGGUUACUGUCUCAUCGGUGCUAUUUUACUGUUCUUUAUCGCAUUUACCAUUGGCCCUGGACCUCUAUGUUACUUUAUAACAUCAGAAAUGAUCGGCCAGCAUGCUCGAUCGGCUGGCCAGAGUUGGGCCGCGUUUGUUCAGAUGGCGAGUCGUACUGUAAUUUUGAUAUUUUAUCUACCACUGAGUAAUGCUAUAGGGUCUGACUACUCUUAUGCUAUCUUGUUUGUAUUACCCAUGUUGUACUGUUUUGUAUUCUUCUACUACUUUCUACCGGAAACUAAGAAUCGAAAUCUGAUGGAAGUGGAAGCCGAGAUUCAGAAGUUGCCCCGAUUACCGUGCUCAGCACAUCAGACGUACUCUACGGAUAAUGCUCAACAGGAGUACGAUCGUAGAGACCUGAGACAAGUAUUUUGA